CAGCCCUUAUCUCUGGCUCCCUGCGCGCCUGGGGAGGGAGCAGCUCUCCGGAGUUUGCCUUUCUCUCGCUGUUACUCACCCCCGCUCUGCCCUGGGUGGAGCCUCGCUCGCCUGGCUCCCAGGUGAAUCAGGUUGCAGGCACGUCCAAGUGAGCAGACAGUGACCCACCACCUGCCCCAGCUCACCUGGGAAGGUAGAGAAGGGUGGAGACCUCGUGGGUAUCUGCAUGGCCGCCUGAGCCAGACAGCGACCCACUACCUGCCCACCAGCUGGCCGGCUUCCCUGGUAAGCUCUCCCUCCCCCGAUGGCUCGUCGAUCCCAAAGCUCCUCACAGGGGGACAACCCCCUGGACCCCAACUACCUUCCCCCCCACUACAAGGAGUACUACCGCCUGGCCCUGGAUGUGCUCACGGAGGAGGGCAAGGAGAGCUACCAGCGCUUCCUGGCUGAGGAGGCAGCCCCAGAUUUCCUCUGUGGCUCCGAGGUGGAGCACAUCAUCCAGAACCUCCAGAAGCCCCAGUACGCCAACCAGGAGGGCAGCACGGACACAGCGGGGGACAAUGACAUGGACGGGUCCUCCGGGACUUACUGGCCCAUGAACUCAGACCUGGCCGUGCCUGAGCUCGACCUGGGCUGGCCGAUGGUCUUUGGCUUCAGGGGAACAGAGGUGACAACGCUGGUGCAGCCACCCCCGCCAGACAACCCCAGCAUCAAGGAGGAGGCUCGCAGGAUGAUCCGAGCAGCUCAGCAGGUGGUGGCCAUUGUGAUGGACGUUUUCACCGACGUGGACCUGCUGUUUGAGGUGCUGGAUGCUGCUUCUCGCCGGGUGCCUGUCUACAUCCUGCUGGAUGAAAUGAACUCCCAGCUCUUCCUCGACACAGCUGCCAAGUGCAGAGUCAACCUCAACUAUGUGGAGUUCCUGAGGGUAAGGACAGUGUCUGGCCCAACCUACUACUGCCGCACGGGGAUGUCCUUCAAGGGGCACCUGAAGGAGAAGUUCCUGCUGGUGGACUGCAUGGUGGUGCUGAGUGGCAACUACAGUUUCAUGUGGUCCUUUGAGAAGAUUCACAGGAGCAUUGCACACAUCUUCCAGGGUGAGCUGGUGGCCAGCUUUGAUGAAGAAUUCCGCAUUUUGUUUGCACAGUCGGAACCUCUGGUUCCUCCAGCCAACGUCCUGGCAAAGGCAGAGAACACGUUUGCCCUGGCUCCCUUUGGCAACAACAUGCCUUUCUUCCCCAAGAAAGGCCCCCUGAUGUUCCAGAGGGACGAGAGUCUCUUCCCCUCCUUCAUGGACAGGGUGGAUCCGGACAGGUAUUUCCUGUCCAAUUUCCGGCGGGACGACAUGCUGCGGCACACCGUGGAGGGGUCGGCCAUGCGGAUGUACAAAAAGGUGGAAAUGGAGAAUUCCCAGAUGGAUCCCAUGAGGGGCUUCCUCCGUUCCAAGCAGCUGGAGCUGGAUGCUUUUAAGAGACACAGUUUUGCAGAAGGAACGUUUGAAAAUUUUGCUUCUGCCAAGCAGUACACCCGGCAGAUGUUCAUGAACAACAUGGAUGAGUUCAAAAUCCAAUCCAGUCAUUUCCAGAAGGACCAGUUCUACCAGUACCAGUUUGAACAUCCCCAUCUUCCUGGCAGACCUCAGGGAUUCUUUGAGAGGAUUCGAGGGGGGAGGCCAGGAUUCAAUGAACUGGAAGACUAUGGAGAGGGACCCCGAUACCCUGAACUGGAGCCCAGUUUCCCACAGGAGGGUUUCCCCCUGAGGCUGGACUACGUGCCCUCCAAUUCUUCCAGGGAGGUGAGACACGGCUCCGACCAGCUGAACCCCGCGGGCAACGGCCCCAUGGGAAUGAUGUUACGGAGGCAGAACAUAGGACAGAAAUUCAUUUGCCAGACUUCUCCCACACAGAAGCAGAGCCUGGAGCAGCGCCUGUUCCUACAGGACAAGGAUGAAGAGCAGGAUGACGACAAGAGUACGCAGGAAAACAGAACGGGGUUACGGAACUGGAGGAUUUCUUCGUACCUCAGCGCGUACCAGUCAGAACCAGAUGAGGGGCUCCCAAUGCCGAUGGAGUCUGAGGCAUACAAUGAUGCUCUGGGGGAUCCCCUCACAAAGCACCCCAGUGACCUCGUCCCAGCCUUCAAACCCCCCACACCCUUCAGUAGCAAACUGGGAAUUGACAGUGCCAAGGAAUCUGCAGAUUCUGAUAGAGCAGGUGAAGAAACCUCGAUCAUGAAACCAGAUGCCUUCAGGUCCAGGAUAAAUCCCUUGAUCCAGAGGAGCUCCAGGCUCAGGUCCUCUCUGAUUUUCAGUGCUGCCAAAUUAGAUCAGCCCAACACCACAAUAGAAAAGGUGCAGAUGAUCCAAAAAGAGCAAAUGUCCAGUGAGUUAACAAAGGACAAUGAAACCAUCAAGACGGCUGCCUCCUCCAAAGUGGCUGAGCUGCUGGAGAAGUACAAAGCUGUGGGCAAGGACAUGGAACGGGGCGCAGUCACCCACACCAAAGCUGUUUCGGGUUACCUACAGGAGGAAUCUCAGAAUACGGAGAAGAAAUGUACCAAAUCUGUGCAGUAUAAGAUUCUUGAGAGCAGGGUGCUGGACUCCAAAGACUCCUGUAGUACUUACAAGAUGCAUGGAGAUUUGGACAGAGCAUUUGGAAUGACCUCAUCCACCCCCCAGCUUGGGGAUGCAUUGAGUAAAGAUCCCCUGGGACAUCUUGGCACUAAGGUGGACAAGCUGUCAUCCCGGUUUUACCCCAUCGAGAACAAACCUCCUCUUGCAGAGAAGGAGAGCCUGAUAUUUGUAGGAGACACUCAGAAACUGGCUCUCCCAGAGAAGAAGGACAGAGUGACCUUCAGAGAAGACUCUCCAAAAUUAGUCAACACAGAAAUGAAGAAACCACAGGUGAGGACAAGUACUACAUCCUCAGUUCUAGAAAGCCUGUCCAGAAGUCAAGGGUCUGACAGCUCUCUCAACAAAUCUGAAGAAGACUGUUCAAAACAAGAGCAAAAUCCCAUGGAGUUUUUAAGAAAAGGGUCACUACGGCUGAAGCAGCUUUUGAACCCAAAGGGUGAAAAGAAAUUGGAGGAGGAACCUGCUUCUGAGAGUGGGAAAUGUGACAAGCAGGCAGUGGUGCUCAAACGAUCAUCCAUAGGGGACUGCCAGGAAGCAAUGGAGGAAGAAAAACCCCCCAAAUUUGCAGCACCACUGCCCCCCAAGAGCAGCCAGACAACACAAGGGAGGUUCCCGUCCUCCACAGCCAACAUCCUGUACAGCAGCAACCUGCGUGACGACACCAAGGUGAUCCUGGAGCAGAUCUCUGCCAACAGCCAGAAGAACAGAGCCGAGCUGGCCAAGCAACUGCCAUCCACCAGCAACCCUGACCUCUCCAGGUCCACCACAAGCUUGGAAAGAAAAGGGGAAAAGGAGAAAAGCUGCAACAUCCACAGGUCGGAGAGCUUUGGGAGCCAGAAACGGAACCUGCAGCGGCAGCCAUCGGAGGACAGAGACACCCUUCUGAAGAAGAUGGAGAACAUGCGGAAGGAAAAGCGAGUCUACAGCAGGUUUGAGGUGUUCUGCAAGAAGGACGAGCACACGAGUCCCAGUGAAGAGGAAUAUGACACAGAUGCCAAAGACAAGAAAAUGGGAAAAUUCAUGCCCAAAAUCCUGGGGACCUUCAAGACCAAAAAAUGAUCCUAGAAAUCCUAUUUAAUUCCAUUUAAUCACUGACUGUCACAGGGAAACGAGGAAGAAACUUGUCUAUGAUGGCUACAAACCCCAAUGGCAAUGCUCUUCUUGAUUAGUGAGCAGAAAUGUAUCCAGCACGAGCCUCCCACGGCACAGUUUGCUCAAUAAAGUCAGGUGGUAUCAAACCUUAUCACAGUAUGUUCCAAAUAAAACAAUUAAAAUGUCAACGUGCUUUAAAAACAAGUCUCUGUUACUGUACAAAACUAAGUGAUAGUCUCUGUUAAACUCAAGGAGUAUUUUCAGCAGAAAAAAAAUUCACAUUUCAGAAAAAAAAG